AUCAAGCGUCUGUUUGUUAUUGUUUACUGAUAAGAACGGCAAUUUGAACUACAUAAAAUUUUUUUAAAGCGAUUUCAUCUAAAUAGUUUCCACUUUGAAUAGCAAAAAAUUCUUUUGUGAGAAAAAAAGAUUGAUUUUUGCCUUAAUUUUAUUUGUGUCAAAAAACUGAUUUUAUUUUACAAGAACAGAACAAUGAAUAAUAAUGCUUGCGGGACGGAGAUCAACCACAAAAAUUUUGAUUCUCCAGUUUCGACCCUAAUUUUCAUGGAUUUGGAAACCACAGGAUUACCAGGUGAAAUCGGUAAAAGAAACGUUCAUAUUACAGAACUGUCUCUAAUUGCUAUCGACAGAAAUGAUUUUGAAACAGACAACACCUUACGGGUAUUAAAUAAACUUAGUCUGUGCAUAAGACCGAGAGCUUGCGUUUCACCAAGUGCUAUGUAUAUAACAGGAUUAUACAAUGAUGUCUUACAAAAUCAAGAGGAAUUUGACGAUUCAGUCCCAAAGAUGUUAGAGUUUUUUUUUCGUCGUUUAAGAACACCAAUAUGUUUAUUAGCUCACAAUGGCAACAAAUUCGAUUUUCCUGUGUUACAAGCAGAACUGAAGCGUCUAAAUUACACAUUACAUUCAAAAGUACUUUGUGCAGACACUUUAGAAGCAUUUAGAACGAUUUGCAGGACACCCCAAACUGUAAAAACUGCUUCAAAACAACCAAUGUCAAAUUUCAAGAAUGAAUUGGAGAAAACUAAUGGCAAAACAAUAGAUUCAAGGCACCAAAAAGAAAUGUCGAAAUUAAUAGAACAUAAUCACUUGUUUCAUGUUUCUGAAAACAAUGCAACUACAAACAAUCAAAAUGAAAAUGAAUUGGAUAAUGAAAUUGAUAGUUUAUUGGAAGAUGACAUUGAAAGCUUUCGAGAUAUUGAAGAAUCAACUGAAUUAAAUGAAAGACAACCAUUUGAAAACACUGUUGUGGAAAAUCUACAGCCACAAUCAAAAAAUGGCAACAAUUUUGUAUCUGUUUUUGAUGAUGAGCAUACUCCAAAAAGAGCAAAAAUUAACAACCUAGUGGAAAAUGGAAAACUUAAAAAACAGAAGAGCAGUAAAGAUAUAUAUAGCAUCAAAAGUGAAUAUGAAAACAGAAAUUUGCCAGAUACAUCAUCUGUAGCAGCCAAAAGAAAGCUUUUCACGGAAACAACAGGAAGAAAAAAUGCAAACCAAUCUGCUUCAGAAAUGAAAUUAAAUUCCAUUGCAAGUUUUACAUUGGAAAAGCUAUACCAUCAUUUCUUUGGUGAAGCACCUCCACAAAGUCAUUAUGCUGAAGCUGAUUGCAUUGCUUUAAGUAAAGUUUGCCAAAAAAUCAAAGAACAAUUUUUGAACUGGCUGGAUGAGAACAGUAGUGAAUUUUCUGAAAUACAACCUUUGUGGUGAUUGAUGAAGAAAUGAAUUUUAAUGUAGAUAAAUUUAAUGCUUUUAGAAAUUAAUUAUUUUUAUACUUUCGAUGAUAUUAUAAGGAAAUGUUACCCACGUGGAAUGAAAUUAUUUUGACUUCAAUUAACUUCAAUGAAGAGUAAAAUAAAUGAAUUUUAACCUUUUAAACCUAAAGGCCAACAAUUAACAAGAACUUGUGUUUUAACUCAUAUGUAAGAGCAAAGAUCUCCUGUUAUAUAAAGAUAUACUGCACCAUCCUGUGCAGCUCAAAAGGAUGUUUAUAUUUUUAAUUAUUGUAUUAAUUAUCUGUGACUUUACUUAAUGAAUUUUUAUGAUACAUGAUUUGAUACUAUUGGGAGACUGAUGUAUCACGUUGGAGAAUUGAGAAAAAGAUUUUAGAGAUCAAAUAUUAAAAUCACUAUUAAAAAAAAAUAUUUUUGCAUAAAUUACUCUGCUUGAAAUUAAUAAUUUAUGAUAAACGAGCUAGCAUGAUUUAUUUACCUAUACCCUUUAUCAUCAUGAGGGAAGAGGGAAAAUCACAGCUUUUCAUAAGUUCAAAACAAUUAUGCCUUACUUAACUAUGUGGAAGAAAUAUAGAAAAAAUACCACACAAAAUAAUUCUAAAAAAAGUGAUUUUGUUUUUUAAAUUAUUUAUAGAAAAUUACACUAUUUUUCAGUCAGCAAAAAAUUCUUCAGUCUUUUUCAAAAUACAAAUUAAGCUUAAACUGUAAAUUCAGAAAAAAAAAUAUAUAUAGAAACAAAUAGAAAAAUAAUAAUUAGGGUAAAAAAUACGUUAAUCUAAGGUAUUACAUGCUGAAAUAACUUCCAACUGUCAAACUACUAAAAUAAGUACAACAUGCAAAAGGAUUGAAAUCUCAGACAUUAGAAACAAAUUUGCGCAAAGUACAUAGGGACCUUGGCAUAUUUCCAAAAAAGUAAAAUUUCCAUCAAUCUAUAUAAAUAAAACAAAGAAUAUAUAUAUGUCUGUCUGGUCAAUUUGAUUUUUGCACUUCAGAGUUUGUAGAUAAAGUUAUGCAUUUCAAACUACCUACCAAGGGUCUGUCACUAAAUGAUGUCAUGAUGAGGGGGAGGAGGCAUGGGAAAUUGUUUUAGUUUGCGACAAAGGAAGGGAGGGAGAGGGUAACAUUAGGGACACACAUUUUUAUAAUAAUAUGCUUAUGAAAAAUAGCAUGACAUAUAACAAAAGGAAAGGCAAAGUGUGACACUUUGUGACAAAUAAAAGAGGGGGUCAAGCAUGUUGAAAAAAAAAAGUGUGGCAUCAUUUAUGGACUUCCCCCAAGAACUUUUUUUAAGGGACCCACUAAAUAUGGGUCUACAAAGGGGGGUCUGCUGUCUGUAAAGUUUGGGAAGCCCUGGUAUAAGUAAUAACAUCUGACAACAAACAUUUCCUUCCAAAACCAAAAUGCAGAGAAGCGUUUUUAAUCUCUGUAGAGCACUUAGUCCUGAGUUAUAGUUGUGUCAUUUCUCCUGAACGGAUUAAUAGGGAAUUUGCUUUA